AUGAUCGCCCAAGGGAUCGUGACAACAACAGGGAGGAUAGGCAUCACAGAGACCGUGAUAGGGGUGAGAGGGAGAGAGAGCGAGGAGGCCGAGACCGAGACCGAGAAAGAGAUAGUAGGGAUGGCCGUCGCGAUCGUGGUGGUAGAGACCACCGCGAUCGGACAAGAGAGAGGGAGAGGGAUGGCGGUGAUGAUGACCUUCGUGGACGCUCCCGUGAUCGAGAAUAUGAUUACCAACGUGACGACUCAAAGCAUAAUAGGGACCGUCGUGAUUAUGAUGGUGGUGAUGCAGAGGACGAUCCUGGGUGGUACGAUCAAUCUGAUCAAGGGGGACAUAAGCGGUCUGUCGAUGAUCAACAACGAUAUAAGCAGUAUGACCGUCAUCGUGGUAGGGAGCAGCAAUAUGACGACAUGGAUGUUCAAGAAGGCGAUCAAGACCGUUAUGGCGAUCAAUACACUGCUGGCCGUGAUCGAUCAUAUCAGGAGGACCAACCAGCCGUCGCUGGAGCUCACGCUGCGGCUGGUCCCUAUGUUUGCGAACGAGGCGGCCGAGUUCGCCGCCGCGAUGAUCGAAGGAGGGCGUGCGGUCCAGAUCGGGGAAGAAGCGAUGGCCGAUGGGUGGAGUGCGGAGAUGCCUGGAGUGCGGCGGCGGCAGCGGUUGUGGAGGAGGAGGUUUUUCUUGGACCCAGAUUUCGAAAUCGUUCCUGAAGCUUACCUGUCAAAAUGGUACACGGCCACAAGCAAGGUCUACACUGUGACCAGGGCCUGGAGAUUGUUGUUGAGGAAGAUAGAGUAG